UAGUGGCAGUACUUCGUUGAACUUGACGCCAACGAGGAUAAUAACAUAACUGGGCCAUAACAAUUGGCCAGGAUCUCUGGUGACACGACAGGCAUUACACGUCUGAUCGCAUUAUAAACUUACUGGACAGUGCCGGGCACCCGUAUAAAAUGAGUAAAUUAUUCGGCUCUAAAUCCAAUGAUUUUGAAAACGAAGCAUUAGCAGUUCACAAUGAAUACAGAAGGGAACAUGGGGCUCCUGCUCUAAUACUGAAUAAAGACAUAUGUAAAACGAGCCAAAAAUGGGCCGAAGAACUCGCAAAAAAGGAUCAUAUGCAGUACAGCCUCCAUGAAGAGUACGGAGAAAACGUGUAUUGUGGCUGGUCUCAUGAUCCUAAUAUAAAAAUAAGAGCACGUGACUGUAUCGACAAAUGGUACAGUGAGAUAAACGAUUACUCGUUCGGCAAGGAACCCGAAGUACUAAACUGUGGUCAUUUUACACAGAUUAUCUGGAAAAACACAAGGGAACUAGGAAUCGGAAGCGCUAAGAGUAAAUCGGGCAAGCUUUACGUGGUGGCGCAUUACUUUCCUCCAGGAAAUAUCAGUAAUCAAUUCGUUAAAAAUGUUUUACCACCUGGCGCUUUACAAUUUAAAUCAAAUACAACGAGCGGUAUUGCCCGGAACUCGAGUGGAUCACCACUGCCUAGCCAGAGGAAUAGUAAAAAUAUUGGUGAUAUUGCGUCGGAUUUAGUCAGUAAAUUUAAAAGUACGUCUGUGUCUGGUGACAAAUUUGAAGAAGAGUUUUUGGCAGCUCAUAAUAUGUAUAGAAAAAAACAUGGUGUCCCUCCUCUAGAAUUAAGUAAAAAGCUGGGUAAAUAUGCUGAAGAAUGGGCAAAAACUUUGGUGAAAAAGGGACGAAUGGAACAUAGAGAUCAACAGGAAUAUGGUGAAAAUAUUUUCUAUGCUUGGUCUUCGGACCCUGACUUUGUCGUAUCUGGGAAAGAUCCGGUAGAGAAGUGGUACAGUGAAAUAAAAGAUCAUCGUUUUGGCAGAGAACCUACUGACUUAGGAUCUGGGCACUUUACGCAAGUUAUAUGGGAAGAUAGCAAAGAAGUAGGCGUCGGCAUGGCGAGGUCAAAAGACGGUCAUGUGUAUGUCGUGGCAAACUACAGCCCGCCAGGCAAUAUAAUGGGCAACUUUUCAAAAAAGGUUCGCCCGCCUUUGUAAUGUUCCUGUUUAUUAUAACAUAACUUUUCAAAAAAGUGCGCACUGCCUUUAUUAAGUUUCGUAUUACUAAAACAAUAAAUUUACUAUUUAAAAGUAACUUUGCUUCAAUUAUUUACGAUUAAUUAUGUUUAUUAUUUAUUCAUACAGUUAUAGAUUUAGUUUUUUUGUGUGCUUUGACAUUGACACCAUUGUAGGUAUUUUUUAAUGCUAAAUAUUAAUAAAAAUCAAUGUAAAUUAUACAUUUACCUUGGGUUUUUUUUAGGUAUCUAUACUUACUUAAUAUUGUGUAGGUAGUGAGUGUUAACAUAAAAUUCAAGAGAAAAUAAUUAAUAUUAUGUAUGUACCGACAUGUUGUUGUAACAUUAUUUAGAUUUAUGUAAGUAGUAUAAUACAUUGACUCUUUAACCUUUUUCUACCCCUAGUGGAGCCGGUAAUCCCAUGAAUCUGCAUACCUACAGUCCUUGCUUUUAAAUAUAUAGUGCACCAUAUCGUCCUAUUACUGCAAAUCCCUAUUAAGUGACUUUAUGACGAAAGUGGUUUUAUUAGACCGUUAGAAUUAAUAUUUCAAGCUUUACAAACUGGUAAAACCCAUUUUUUGAUACUACCUUUCGUUCCGAAGAUAGGUCGAGCGUAAGGCAACAUAUUGAUGAUUUGGUAGCAUUAUGUACUGGAAGUAAUUGAAAUGUGUAUGAUAACACAAUGAUUCAUGUGUUCUCCUCCAUGUAUAAACUGUUACCAGGUUUUAACGUGUCUUUGCAUAAUCAUUUUCUGAAAUUAUAACCGUUGUAUAUUCUAAAAGUAGCUUCUAUGUAUACAUAUAUAUAUGGUAUUUGCGUAAAAGAUUAUCCAACAAAUUAUUUAUUUUAUGCCAAGCUAAAUAUACUAAACAUCUUUAUAUUGUUUUGUCUGAAGAUCUACAGUAUUCAUUAAACUGCAAUAUUUUUCUGCCAAAUAAUCUGUACAGUGACUUAGUAUAUAGGUUUUGCAUGCAACUUUAUUCCAAUGUUAACAUGUAGUUGUAUAGGCAGACCCUACUAAGUGCGUUUAAUACUAGCUUCACACAGUAGCUACCUUAAAGUAUAUAUAGCACGUAGUAAUA